AUGACGCGCCAAUUACUACAAAUGCUUAUGCAAUGCAUGGGUUUUGCAGAUAUUGACAACAGUUUUGCAGCCAUAUUCAAGCUGAUUACUGCUAAAGAUAACAGUUCUGCUGAACUCUCGAAUGAAGCAUCAGAAUUGCAUACACUUAUUCAGGAUUUAGAUAGGCAUUACGUAUCUCUUUAUGGGAGUUAUCAUCAAUUGAUAGGGAAGCUUUCAGAAAAAGUUCAUGACGGAAAGUCAAAUGGCAGCUUCUUAGUUGACCACAGUUCAUCAGAUUCCAAUUCAUCAGAUUCGGACUCAAAUAAGUCCGACAAUGGAAAUGACAGGGGUGAUACAGGCACAGAGAGGGGCUUGGGAGGAGAGAAAAUUUCUGUGGAAGAUUUCCACUAUUUGCAGUCACAACUUGAGAUCUUGAAAAGUAAAAACUUUGACCUGGAGACGGAACUGAGAUCUAUGGGUUUGAAGAUAAAAGAAGGAGAAAAUCUAGCCACGAAAUUUUCUGAAAGGGAGGCGGAAUACUUUUUAAUGCAAGAUGAACUAAACAAUACGAGAAAGAAGAUAGAGGAUUUACGGGUUGAGAAUGAAAAAUUGAAGCAAGAACACCAUGAGCAAGAAUUUCUCACCAAUGAAAGGCUGCAAUCUCUCAAAGAAGAGAAUCAAACUUUGUUAGGUCAAAAGUCUGUGAUUUAUGGCAGGCUAGAACAGACAGAGAAGAAUGUGGAAGAGUUCCAAGUCAAAAAUGUGCAAUUGCAGAAUGAGAAUGCUGAUGUGAAGGGAGAAUUGGAAACUUUGAAAGAUGAGCUUAACUAUACCAAAGAAAGCCUUCUUACCUCCCAGAAUGAGAAUGGAGAUCUAAGGCAAGAUCUUGAGAAAUCCAUGAAAUUACAAUCUCUAACAGAUCAAAAGUAUGAAGCUCUCGUUCUUGAAAAUUCUACGGUCCUGAAGAAGUUGGGGGAGACUGAUGAACUUAUAGAAACAUAUAAAGUCGAAGGUGAACGAUUGAAAUCUGAGAUAUCAUUAUUACAAGAUGCAAAUGGAGUUUUAAAGCAGGAACUGGAAGCUGUGGUACAGAAAAUGGAUGAUCUAAAGCGGAAAUUAAUAUCCACAAGUGAAGAGAAAGACUCCUUAGGCUCUGAAAAUGCUUCACUAUUAGACAAGAUUCAGCUGGCAGAUAUCAUUACUAGGGAUCUGAGAGAUGAAUCAGAACUGCACUUAAAAACAGCAAAUGAACGGUCAGCUGAGAAUACAAAGCUGUUGGCAGAGAAUGAAAAUCUGGAGGCUGAAAAGGAAGCAGCUAAUAAACAAAUGGCCGAUCUGGUCCAGAGAUGUUUAACGUUUGAGGAAGAUGCCAACGCUCUGAAGUCUGAAAUGCAAGGGAUCACAUCGCAGAUGGAAGUGCAUGAGAAAACCAUCGAAAAACUGAUGACAGAAUGUGAACUCUUGAAAGAUGAAAAGUCAAAACUACUGGGCGAAAAUGAAGGCUUGAACUCGCAGAUGAGAGCCAUUAGUGAUGAGAAAUCGUCAUUAUGUUUAGAGCAUGAUGAGGCCGUCAAGAAGUUAAAAAAGAUUCAAGAGGACACGGACAUACUGUCAAAAGAGUUAGAAAUAUCAAAGAUUGAGAAGACUGAGCUUCAGGUUAAGUAUGAUGGCGUCAAUGGGGAAUUAGAAACAGCUACCUGCGAAGUGUUAGACCUGAGGAAGACAAUACAAGAAUUACAAGAAGACAAGUCGGCAGUUUCUACAGAAAUUUCGAUCCUUUUGAGCAGGACACUGGUACUUGAGAAUGAGAUGCAUGAGUUAAAGGCUGAUAAAGAACGCCUCGAAGGUGCUAAUUCUGUCUUGAAGGAGAAAAUUGAUGAUCUUGUUCACAAACUAGAAGUUGUCGAAGAAGCCAAAAACAUGUUGGAAUCAGAGAAAGCAUCAGCACUAACUAAACUCGGGGAAUCAGAAAGCAGCCUAAAAGGCAUUGUAGAUGAAUCAGAACAACUAAGGAAGGAGAUUUGUGUAUUUCAGCAGGAUCAGCUGGACUCGCAAGGUAAGCUAUCUGAUCUUGAAAAGCAGUUGCAGGACAAAGAAGCCGACUUUUUAUCUCUCGAGAAGAAGCUUGAAGAAGCAUCAGCUGAGAUCCAGACAUCAAUGGCUCACGCAAGUAACCUGCAACAAGCAGUUGAUUCAGCGUAUAUAAAAAUCAACGAGUUAGAAGAACUGGUGAAGACUAUGAGUAAUGAGGCCACGGAGAAGCAAAGUCUCGCAGAGAAGUUGGAAAGUGAACUCACGGGCAAAGUCCUCACCCAAGAGGUGAUGUUGAAAGAGCGGAAGGAUAAUCUCGAUGAGUUGUCUGCAAACUAUAAGCUUCUUGAGAGUCAGCUCUUAGAGUCUUCCAAGGAUCUGGAGGCUGCACAGGGGAGGAUUGUCGAGCUGGAGAAAAAGGAGGAGAUAAUUCUGUCGCUACUAGGAGUUGUCCAGCAACAGAAACUACAGCUGAACGGACUGGAGGAUAACUUGAAAGAAGUGGUUGAGAAGCUUAAAUUCUCUGAAUCAGAGAAAGCGGAAUUGGACAAGGAGUUGAUGAAGCUGAAUGGAGACGUUCAAAACCUGGAAGUCCAGAUCCGCCUAUCGAAUCAAAAGCUUAAGAUAACCGAAACGGAAAGCAAGGACAAGGAAGAGAUCCACAAGAGGACAGUGGACGCAUUGAACGAAGAACGCAGAAAACUAGAAGAGCACUCAUUGAACUUGACAUCCAGAGUUAAUCUCGUGGAGGGUGAGCUCCGGCGAGUCAAGGAAUUGGUGCAGUUAGAAAUGGAGUCUCUGGGUAGGGCCUUUGAUGAUCUGGAGCUAAAACUGGAGGACGACUGCAGGCGGAUCCACACCCACAUUUCCGAUUGCUCCAAUGAUGUCAUGUUGAUGAAGAGGUGGAUAACGGCGUUGGUUCACUCGGAAGAAGGAUUGAAGGUUGAGAAGAGGGAGCUGGGGAUGAGGCUGAACUACAAGGAAGGAAUCAUCUCCAUGCUGAAAGAUGAAUCCACCCUCAUUCGAUCAAAGCUGGAUGAGAAGAUGAAAGAGGAGGAAAGACUGGCGCAGAGGGUGGCGGAGCUGGAGAGGAGAGAGAGCGAAUCGAAGGUGGAGCUGUUUUCCAGGGAUGAGGAGAAGAGGGAGGCCAUAAGGCAGCUGUGCCUGCUGAUCGAAUACCAUCGUGAGAACUGCGACCACGUCUGCAAGCUCCUCUCUGCGACUCUCAAUAGAAGAAGGCGCAGAUCGUGA